AUGUCGACAAUAAUUAAAUCAUCGGAGACUCCGGGGCCUAUUGAAGAAACUAUAGUUGAAAAAUUAACAACCAAUUUUAAACCUACGUAUCUUAAAAUUGCUAAUGAUUCACAUAAACAUUCUCAUCAUGCAGGGAUGAGAGGAGCUAGUAAUGUAGUUGAAUCACAUUUUCGAAUUGAGAUUGUAAGUAAUGAAUUUGAGGGGAAGAAUAUGCCAUCGAGACAUCGAUUAGUGUAUCUGGUGUUGGAUGAUGAGUUAAAGAAUCAGGGAGUUCAUGCGUUACAGAUGAAGACUAAGACACCGGGAGAGGUUUCCAAAUAG